AUGGACUAUAGUUUUAGGGAGUUAAAGACAUGGAUAACUAGAUUUUAUCAGACUCCUAAUGCUUCUUUCUAUGAUUUAGUUGUGGCCAGAAUGAGAAUGAAAAAGAAGAGACACAACAGCUGCAUGGCGAUUGCCUCAGAAUCGGAUGAUGAAUUCUUAUACGAGGAAAAGAAAGUUAAGAUGUACGAAACAAGAAGCAAAGUAGUCAGUGUCACCAUUUCUUUCUUCAUGUGCUCAGAAGUGGAUAUGGAUGAACUCACCAUACCCCCUGAUGAGAUUCUGGAAAAGUCAUCUGAUACUGAUGAACAGCUUACUACCAGCGAGCUUCCAUUUCUUCCUAUUAACAAUGAUGAUAGCAAUGAUUUGGAGGGCCCAGUACUAAAAGAAGGCAAUUUAUAUGAUGAGGGCCAAAGCACCUCAAAUGAUAGAGAGCUGGGUGAAUUUGCUGUCUCCCAACACAAUUCAUCCAAUGAUAUUGGUGAGCAGAAUCUUGGUGAAAAUCUCUGCCAAUCACCAAAUGCUGCUGAGCCUAAACUAAAAAUUGUGAAUGGAAAGUUGUCAACUGAUGAAGAGCUGGAACCUGAGGUGGAACAACCAAAGAAAAAGAAAAAGAAAACAAAAAAUCUCUCUAUGACACCUGCUCCUGCAGGACGAAAAAGACACGGGCCUUCCAAGAGGAAACCCAGUUCCACAAAAUUUGAGAAAUGCAAGACUGGUAAUUCUGUGUGCAAAAUACCUGGAUGUUUCUUGCUUGACCUUGAGAAAUCAAAACAGUAUUCUGGAAAGAAUUUCAAGCAAAAUAAGGAUGAGCUGGUUCAGAAAAUCUACAAGCUCUUUAACAGCUCCGUCUUUGAUAAAAAGCUGCCAGAGAAAAUAGAUAUUCGCUGGAAUAAAAAGAUGCUUAGAACUGCUGGCUUAUGCACAACUGGUGAGACAAAUAACCCGAAGAAGGAGCGCUACGCCAAGAUUGAGAUUGCUCUAAAAGUCUGUGACUCUGCAGAUCGACUCCGGGAUACUUUGAUCCAUGAAAUAUGCCAUGCAGCUUCCUGGCUACUCGAUGGUGUCCGAGAUUCUCAUGGUGACACAUGGAAGUAUUAUGCCAACAAAUCCAAUAUGGUACACCCAGAACUGCCCAAGGUCACCCGCUGCCAUAACUAUAAGAUUAACUACAGGAUUCAUUAUGAAUGUACUCAGUGCAAAUCCAGAGUUGGCCGCUACACCAGAUCAUUGAACACUGAACACUUUAUUUGUGGUAGAUGCAGAGGCUCUCUGGUUGUGCUGCCAUUAACUCGCAAAGAUGGAGCUCCCAUUAAGCCUCAUGUAAGACCAUUUGCCAAAUAUGUGCAAGAGAAUUACAGAAUAGUUAAACAGGAGAUGGCAGGGAAGGGCCAUGGUGAUGUGAUGAAAAAGCUCAGCAAGGAUUAUGUUGCAAGUAAACAAAACCAAGGUCGCUGA